AUGUUUGAAAAUAUCAAUGAUGAUGUCGAAUCUCGUUUAAACGAACUCGAACGUCUAUUAUUUAAUUCUUCCAUAAAAGAUCAAACUGUCUUAGGUGUUGAAGCAUUACUUGAUGCGUUUAUUGUACUUUAUGAUGAAUGUUGUAGUUCAACAUUACGAAGAGAAAAAACUAUAGCUGAAUUUAUAGAAUAUGCUAAAUCAUUUGUAUCACGUGUGAAACGAUGUCGAUUAAAUCGAAACGAUUUCGAAACAAUCAAAAUUAUUGGUCGUGGAGCUUUUGGCGAAGUCGCUGUUGUGAAACUAAAAAAUACCGAUCGUGUAUUUGCAAUGAAAACAUUGAACAAAUGGGAAAUGUUAAAACGAGCUGAUACAGCUUGUUUUCGUGAAGAACGUGAUGUACUUGUAUUUGGUGAUCCACAUUGGUUAACUAAAUUGCAUUAUGCAUUUCAAGAUGGAGAAAAUUUAUAUUUUAUUAUGGAUUAUUAUUUUGGUGGUGAUCUGCUUACUUUAUUAUCAAAAUUUGAUGAUCAUUUUUCGGAAGAAAUGACUAGAUUUUAUGUUGCAGAAAUGGUCUUAGCUAUUGAUUCACUUCAUAAACUUGGUUAUGUUCAUCGAGAUAUUAAACCUGAUAAUGUGUUACUUGAUGGAGAAGGACAUAUUCGUUUAGCUGAUUUUGGUUCCUGUUUGCGAAUGCGAUCUGAUGGAACAGUACAAAGCAAUGUUGCUGUUGGUACACCUGAUUAUAUUUCACCUGAAAUUUUACGUGCAAUGGAAGCAGGUCAAGGUCGUUAUGGACCUGAAUGUGAUUGGUGGAGUUUAGGAUGUGCUAUGUGGGAAAUGUUAUUUGGUUUACCACCAUUUUAUGCUGAAAGUCUUCUUGAAACUUAUGGAAAAAUAAUGAUGCAUGUACAAAAAGAGCUUUCACUUCCAUUUCCAAGUGAUAUUGAAGUAUCGGAUAGUGCAAAAGAUUUAUUACAACAUCUUCUUUGUUCAAUUGAUAAUCGUCUAGGAAAAAAUGGAUUAGAUGAUUUUAAAAAUCAUCCAUUUUUUGUUUCGAUUAAUUGGGAAAAUCUUCGACAAGCUACAGCUCCAUAUAUUCCUGUUGUGAACAGUCCGAGUGAUACAUCCAAUUUUGAUGUUGAUGAUAUUGAACCAUCUAAUAAAGAUGUUGUUCCACCUGUUUCUCAUGCAGCAUUCACUGGACAUCAUUUACCUUUCAUUGGUUUUACUCAUUCGGCUAAUAAUCGUUAUUCUGAUGGUGCUAAAACAAUAUCAAUCCUACCGAAUACAACAGUAAUUGUUACAACUUCACCAUCUGAUAUUUGUGAUUCAACAACAUCUCCAAUAAAUAAUGAAAAUUUCGAAUAUGAAGAAAUAAUAAAUUCAAUGAAACUUCAACAAACAUCAUUACUUGAUGAAUUAAAACGUUUACGUGAAGUAUAUGAACAAACUAAAUCAGAUUCACUUGAUCAAAGUCGUCAAAUAAAAACACUUGAAGAUUUUUAUACAAAUCAAUAUGAAUUAUCUAUGAAUGAACAAAUACAAUAUUUAAUUAAAAUUUUAAAUUUAUUUCAUAAUCUUCGUGGUUUAAAUGAAAAUUUUAAUGAAGAAAAUUCUAUGUCAGUAGAUGAUAUUAAAAAUCAAUUAAAUCAACAUUUAAUUUAUUUUUCAACAAUUGAUAAAACAUAUUUAUUAAAUAAUAUUAAUAAUAAUAAUGAUUAUCAUCAUCAUCAUCAUCAAAUUGAUGAUAAACCAUUAAUAUCAAAACCACACUUAAAUAAUUUUUCAUUAUUUUUAACAAAAUUUGAACAAAAAUUUUUUAAUUUAUUUAAUAAUAAUCUUUUAAAUGAAUUAGAUGAAACAAUUGAAAAUGAAAAUGAUGAUGAAUUAGAUUUAAUAACAAAUGAAGAUUUAUUAUUAAAAAAAUUUUCUUCAUUUUUAAAUGAUAUUUAUGAAAAAAUUAAAAUUAUUUUACGAGAUAAAAAUGAACUUGAUGAAAAAUUAAUUUUCUUAGAAGAAAAACGUUUAACUUAUUCACGUUGGGAAACACAAAUGUAUGAUAUACUUAAAUGGAUUAAUGAAGAAAAAUCUGCUAGAUCACAUUUAAAAGGAUUAGCUAAUAAAAUGGCUGAAGAACUUGAUCAAAUACGUGAAACAACAAGUCCUUUAUUAACUAUUGGAAGUACUACAUCAUCAUUAACUACAGCAGGAACAAGUCUUGCACAUAAUACAGCUUGGAAACAUGGUCGAUCAGUUAAAUUAAAACAUAUGGAAAUUCAACAAUUACAAACUUCAUUACAAAAAGAAAUUGAUGCUAAGCAACGAAUACAAGAAGAACUUAAAGAAUGUCAAGCUGAAAAUAUUCUUAAAGCUGAAGAAAAUCUUCAUUUAAAAGAAGAAAUUGAAAAACUUCAAAAACAAUUAACUUCUGAACAAUCAAAACAAUUAACUAAAUCACCUGUUGUUCCAUGUGUGUCAGAUGAAAUAUCAACAUUUAUUAAUAAUACUUCAAUCGAUCGAUUUCUUCGAAAUGUUACUGCUGGAUUAUCUGAUCCACCAGCAUUAUUAAAUGAUACAAAUAAUGAUUUAUCUGCAACAUUCGAUGAUGGAAGUAGUGGUGGUGAUGAUUCAUCACGAACAAUGUCCGGAUCAAUUAAUAAAAAUCAAACAAUACGACCAUUAGUUCCACUUCGUAAUGAAUUACAUGAUUUUAUGAUAGCAAAUUUCCAUGUAACAGCUAUGUGUGAUGAUUGUCAAAAUGCAUUAAUUGGUAUUGUUCGACAAGGUUUUGUUUGUCAACGUUGUAAAUUAAUUUGUCAUCCAGAUUGUAUGGAGAAAGUCUCUACACCAUGUCGACCAUCAAUUAAAGAUCGAAGUCGAACAAUUUUACUUGAUCAACAUAUUGUUCGCAUUCCAAAAGCAGGUGGUAUUAAAAAAGGUUGGAGUAAAUAUCAAUUAUUAAAUUUACAAACAAAAUUAUUAUUCUACGAAUUAUCAUCUGAUAAAGAUCAAAAAAUAACUUGGCCACAACCAGCAUUUAUAAUUGAUCUUACAGAUGAUGAAUUUAUUGUAUCUUCUGUAAUAUCAUCUGAUGCAUAUCAUGCAAAUAAAAAAGAUGUUUCAAGCAUAUUUAAAAUUAGUAUAUUAAAAUUAUCAUCACCAAAACAAUUUCAACAUACAUUAGUUUUAACAAAUAAUGAAUCAGAAAAAAAUCAAUAUGUUAAUAUGUUAUCAGAUCUUUCAUCUAAAGUUAAAACUCUUAAACAAAAUAGUUCUACUCGUGGAGCUAAUUUUAUUGCUAAAGAAUUAUUUGAUACAUCGAAAUGUUCAAGUUUAAAAGAAACAACAGCUGCUAUUAUUCUUGAUCAAGAUCGUGUAAUAGCCUGUGGUGAAGAUGGUCUUUAUUUACUCGAUAUUUCAAAAGAUACAUCAAUGAAAUUAAGUGAUAAAAGAGUUCAUCAAUUAUCUUUAAUUUCAAAUGGUGAAUUAUUAGUAACUCUAGCUGGAAAACAACGUACAAUACGUCUUCAAUCACUUAAAUCUUUACUUGAACAUCCAUUAUCAUCAUUAGAUAGUAAAAUAAUUGAAACAAAAAAUGCUACAACAUUUUCAGUACAUUCAAUAUCAUUAAUUUUAUGUGUUGCUAUUAAAAAUCGUAUACUUGUUUAUCAAUUAUUUUCAACACCAAAACCAUAUCAUUAUUCAUUUAUAAAAGAAUUUAAUAUUAUACAAAAUGUUACAUAUUUAGAAAUUUCAACAAUUAAUAUAAAUCAAUCUGAACAACAAAUUUUAUGGUAUGGAUAUCCAUCAGCAUUUGUUGCACAAAGACUUGAUCAACAAUGUUCAAGUGUAUCAUUAUUAAGAGAUGAAGAUCCAACAUUACAAUUUUUUCGAGAUAGACCUAUUGAAGCAUUACGUGUUGUACCUGUUACAAAUUCUUCGUCAAUUAAUGAACUUUUACUUGUAUUUCGUGAAUUAGGAAUUUAUGUAAGUUGUUCAACAGGAAUGCGAACACGUCAUAGAGAAUUAAUGUGGACAGCAUCACCAAUAUCAACUGCUUUUUCUGAUCCAUAUUUACUUAUAUAUACUGAAAAAUCAGUUGAUAUAUAUGAUGUUCCAUCAGCAACAUGGUUACAAUCAUUACCAUUAUCACGAACACGUUCAUUAACACCCGAUGGUUGUAUUUGUUUAUCUCAUGAUUCCGAACUUCUUAAUCAUCAUUCAAAAUUACUUUAUUUAAUACAAAAAACAAAUUUAAAUCCAUUACUUAAUGUUCCUGAACGUGCAUCAUCAAAAAGUUUAGCAACACGUGGUGGAAGAUUUCGUGUUGGUGGUAGUGUUGUUGGUACAAUAAAAUCAACAACAUCAUCAUCAAUUGCACCUAUAUCAGGACCGAAAGAUUUUACACAUAUAUCACAUUUAGGUAAAGGUGAAGGUUUACAAAUAAUAUCAGGUUUAAAACAAGUUAGUCCAACAAGUACACUUUCAUCAAUAAAUCAUAGUAGUAGUGGUUCAACAUUAAAUACUACUAAUCGACGUUCACUUAUUUCUGGUCCACAAAAUUUUGUUCAUUUAACACAUAUUGGUCCAUCAGAUAUUUCAACAUUUGCAUCGGAUUUAUCAACAACGAAUACAACAACAAAUAAAGCUGUUAUAUCAGCACCAAUGAAUUUUCGUCAUCAAGUACAUAUUGGACAUAAUGAUGAAAUCGAUCAAUUAAAUAACAAUAAUAAUAAUAAUAAUAAUAAUAAUAAUACUAGAAAAGGCGUUAUAUAUGAACAACAAACGAACAGUGUCCUACUUAAACAACAACAACAAGUGACUAGUAGUGGUAAUUCAACAUUAUCAUCUCAAUCUCUUUCAUUUAAAGAUGAAGAUGAUAGUGAUCAACCUCUUGAAUGA